UUCUCUCGAGUCUUUACGUCGCUCAUCACUUUUCCCAUCCUCAUCCCACUUCACUUCUCUUCUUCUCCCUCUCACUUCAUCCCCACCUCCUACGACCCAUAUUCACACAUAUCACAAUGGAUAACGAGUUUGCUCAGACCGCCAUCGAGGGCCCCAAGCAGUUUGUCAAGGACGGCGUCGCAUUCAUCAACCGCUGCACAAAGCCAGAUCGCAAAGAGUUCAUGCAGAUUACCCAGGCUGUUUCCAUGGGCUUCUUCGUCAUGGGUGUCAUUGGCUUCGUUGUCAAGCUGAUCCACAUUCCCAUCAACAACAUCCUUGUCGGUGGUGCUUAAACGACUUUGUACAAUACGAUACUCUGCCUGAUCCACGGUUAUCGAACCACGUCGUGUUUCUCAUUUGUUACAAUAUACACCAGUGCUCUCUCUUCCUCUCUUUCUCUACUUUAAUAAAGCCCAAAAACAUGCGAAAACAGUGUCUAAUUGAUCAUUGUGCAAUGAAGAUCAUCGCAACUGAAAAUGACUUGGAUAGACUGGCAGUGGGAUUGAAGGGCUGACCCCCUGGGAGCGAUGUCAAAUCCUGAUUGGUGGCUUGAAUGCGCUGUCAAUUCUCUAGACUGAGACGCGUCUCGAUUGUUCGCAUGCCAUGUCAAAUCCCACUAUAAGGCCU